CAGUUUGGUCCCCUUGGCUCUCCGUAGAUCACAGCCUGGGCGUCGACAGUACUUGAUUGCUGCUGCUGCUGCGUAGGAAAAACACCUCUUCACCAAGAGAGCUCGGAGGUGUCUAUUACAUAAACGAAAACGUAGCAAAUAUCAAACGUACAAAAUGCAUUCAGUGACGCUGGAAAUCAGUGGUUCGCCACGGAAACGGACGUUAUCUCGGGGACUUAGCGAGGAUGAGUCGCUCCGCUGCAUAAUAAAAGAGACCGAGAGUUCAUCCAGGCGUCUGACACGAAGCGACAGCCGAGCAGGAUUCCUGAAGAAGAGGAGUGACAGUCAGCAGUCUGACCAGGACAUCUUAAUGGGACUCCCAGAAAUGCUGGAGCUGCAGGCCAACUAUGAUGAGGUGGUGCAGGAGCUGCGUGGGCUGGAGGUUGAGCGAGAGACUCUGUUGUUCCAGGUGGACUUCCUGCAGGACACUCUGGAGGGUGUGGAGGAGCUGCUGGCCGAAGCCCAGAGGGAGGCUGGACAUGCAAGAUUGGAGUUGGAACAAGAGAGAGAGGCCAAGAGUAAACUGGAGAGCACGGUCUGCUCUCUAAUGCAAGAGGUGGAGAAAUUAAAAGAGGAGCGGUAUAACAAACCAUCUGCUCCAGCGAACGAGCAUUCAGGGUUUGACGAGGUAACAAGACUGGAACGCCAAAUGAAAAAUGAUGCAAAGGAAUUGAUGGAAGACUCCUCGUUGUAUGAACCUCAUGGCAGUGAAAGCAGAGGUAAAGCGUCGGAGGAUGAGGGACAGAGUGAAGGGACAGACCUGAUAAAGCUGCGGAAGUUGGGAAAUAAGCCCCUGGGCCACAUGCCCUCUCUUGCAGUGGACAACCCAUUUUCUGUAGAUGGGGUCCUGCAGAGGCCUUAUGAAAAUGACGUCAAGGACGGACAAGAUCCUUCUUCUGACAGGGCCGACUCGGACAGCAUCAGUGCCUACGAGGAUGCGUCUGCUGAGACUCCAGAGCAGGACCGGCUGUUUCCGGGUAACGCAAACACUUGUGAGCUGCCUUAUGAUUCAGAGAAAAGCUCUACUAACAACUCCAUGGUCAAUGACGGGGACAAUCAAAACACCAAAAACCCUGACGCUUGUCUUGUGUCGUAAUCUGUUUUAUUUUCUACUGGGCAAGAAGUCAAAUUAUUGAUCAUUGAUGAUUUGGUGGUAAUUCAAGAGCUCUUUGAUUUGCAGCGUACCCCCAUCUGAUAUUUGUGUUCUUAGAGAAAAAUUCAGAGUUGUAAUUCAUGC